AUUGUCAAAAUGUGCGUGAUGACAAAAACAAAAAUAUUUCCUUCCUUCUUUUUCGCAUGCAAAAACCAAACAAAUAUCAGCAACACCGUCAACGCGAAUUCCUUUGUUUAUGUUUUAUCCAGUAUGAGAUUUACAAACAAAGAAGUGCGAAGAACGUGCUGUGUAUGCUAGUAGACGGUUUAAAGUUUUGAGUUUUUUGAAAACCCAUAAUUUUUGUGCUGUAAAAAUGAAAUUUCCUUGGUCACAUUCGACACUAGUCGAUGUUUUAAAAAACGAUUCAAAAAACCAUCAUGAGUGCGAUAAAAUCUAUCAAGAUAUUAUAAAUGGUAAACUCAGCCUUGCGGAGUUCGUACAAGAAUUGGGCCCUGCGUUGACUAACGAAGACAAUCAGAUCAGAAUGAAAGGAACCAUGCUCCUCUCAGAAGUUUUAGAAAAAUUGCCAGCCGACUUACUCAAUGACACUCAGUUGGAAUUUAUUGUCACAUUCUACUGUGAUCGUAUGAAAGAUCAUCAUUCUAAUAUUCCUGCAAUUCUGAGGGGAAUACAUGCUAUAACGCAAAUGAACAAUCUUCCAGACGGUGCCGCUACUAAACUGCUCGGCUCACUUUUUAUGCAAAUUCCUUGCCAAAGUCAGCAGAAGGACGAUCGUACCAAAUAUAUAAAAAUCAUAGCUCGCUUAGCUGAAGUAAAAAAAUCCGAAUUGUUGGCAAUGAAUGCAGAUUUUAUUAGUGGAGUUAUUGGUGCCAUUGAAGGCGAAAGAGACCCACAAAACUUGUUAUUCUUGUUUGACUACAUGCCCAUGUUUUUCCAAAACUAUCCUCUAUUGAACCUGUCCGAAGAAAUGUUUGAAGUGUUUGCAUGCUAUUUCCCAAUAGAUUUUUACCCAAAUCCCGACGAUCCAGUUGCUAUUACCAGAGAUUUACUUGCACUGAAACUAGAAAACUGUUUGUGUGGAUCAAAGGAAUUCACAAGUUUUUGCAUUGUGCUGUUACUUGAGAAAUUAGACAGUGAACUCAAUAUAGCGAAACUUGAUUCGCUGCGAUUGUUGAUCAAAUGCAUAAAAACAUUUAACAUGUCGGAUGUUACUGAGCAUCAGGAUAACAUAUGGAAUGCUCUAAAAUCAGAACUGCUCCCAGGACACGAAAACAAAGAAAUUAUUCAACUAGCUCAUGACGCUAUCUUGCAACUGUUGAUUGUCACAAAUUCUGAUGCACAGAUUGAAGAAAAACUUCUCACGACUAUAUUUCUAGCAAUUAUGGGAAGCAUAGCGCAGAUUGCAUCAAGACAAUUUGAACAUUGUGUAAAAAUAGCUCUUGUUUGUUCAGAAGCAUCACCACAAGCCGCGUCUUUUGUUGUUGACAAAUUGAUCCCUAUCAUACUUUCACAGUUACAAACAGAAGAGCUCACUGAACAACAAAAAUGUGCAUUAAUUGACGUGCUACAAAGAUUAAUGGUAGUUUGUAAAAGGAAGAAUAUUUUAAAGCAGUUGUCUUCCGAGAUGAUUCUGGCAGUACAGACACAUUUUGUUCAAAUCUUAGUACAAGAGUAUGAUACAAGUGAGCUCAAAAGAAUUGCUCUCGCUGGCCUAAUAUCCAUUCCAGAAGUAAUAAUCGACGAGAAUCGAUUCGUUGUUUACACAACGAUUGUCCAUGUACUUUUAUCAUCAGACGAUGCUCGUUUGGACAUCGAAGAAUGCCUUUAUCAGUUUGCCUACUUUUAUCCGGCAGAAGUCAUGAACGUUAUUGUUGAUAAAUUAAUCGCCAAGAAGUAUGAAUUGGUUUCUUCAUCCACAGAACGAAUUUUUCAUUCUUUAAGUAAACUGCUUCCGCUAGAAACCUUGAGCAACAAAAUAAACCAAUUCUUUAUGGAUUUGAUUUUUAAAGAACAGCUAGUAGAACCGGUAACCAUUGCUGCAAUGAAAACUCUGGAAGUUUCUAUUUUAGGUGAAAACGGAAAGUUUUUGGCAAGCAUGUUAUUUGAAAAAUAUAAAGUCAUACAAAAGAUUAUUGAACAGGUGCGUAAAGAAAUGUUUACACCGACAUCCGAUUACCUGUUCGCUGCGUCAACCCUAAUGAGAGCAUUAAUGACACAACUUUCUCCAGAAGUUCAAAAAAUAAUUAUUGCUGACUACCUUUCAUCAAUGGAUUUGACAAAAACAAAAGACUUAUACCUGACGUCGGGUAUUCUUGGUUAUUUAGACGAAACAAUAUCGUUAGAGAACCACUUCGAACAUUUGGUAAAUUCUCUAACUACAAUAGCUUUGCACAGCGAGGAUGACAACGAAAAACAAUUGUGCCAUCACUUACUUUGUAGCCUUUUCAAUAGAAUGCCGGAUGAUGAACAUCAUCGGAAUGUGUUAUUGAAGUUAAUAAAGUCAUUGCGGGUGCAUUUGAAGAACAACAAUAAAAAGGUAGUAAGCAUUCUUUCCUGGAUGGGUAAGGGUUUGCUUACUAGAGGUCAUCCAUUGGCGGGCGAAAUUGUUGAAGACAUUGCUGAAUUGCUUGACCAUCCUUCUCUAGGGAAUGAAGCUGUGCUUGCAUUCGAAAUUUUGGCGGGAGAAUUUUCUCAGUUGCAUUUACCUUUAAUAAAAAAUUUAUUCAAACAAAAACUUUUUAUAGUUGUCAUGAAAAAGUUGGAAUGUACAGUGGAACGUUAUUUAGAUACACACUUGAGGGCGUUAGCUCAAGUAUACAAGUACACUCCGCAUGUGGUAUUGAAAAUGAAUAUAGAGAAGGUAGGACCUAUUUUACUGAAGUGUUUAUUGCAAAUGAACAAUGACGCCUUAGAAAAUUCACUCAAAAUUAUCGCACGCUUUGUGAAAGACGAAGACGUUUUUUUCCGGGAUCAUCUUCAAACAAUAGUACCACAGUUGUUAAAGUUGUCUGUUUAUGAAUCGUCGAUGCAUGUUCGAAUUGAUGCUCUGCAGUGUUUGCUGCAUGUUACGAAAUAUCCCCCUUCUUUGCUUUUGCCGUUUAAGCAGGAUGUUGUUUUGGGACUGCGAACUACUUUGGAUGAUCAUAAACGAUUAGUAAGAAAUGCGUCAGUAGCAGCAAGGCUUCAAUGGUUUUUAGUAGGGACAGACGAGAACAAAUCGAGUGGAUAACCCACGCUUUUUUUUGUUUUAGGCAAAAUUUAAAAACUGUUGUUAGUUUAUAAACAAUAAAAUUAUAAUUACAUAAUGUAUACAAUGUAUGGCCAUUUGAUAG